AUGGCCUGGUUCGAGUCCAUCGUGCGUGACGCUGCCUCUGUGCUUAGCGACUUGGACAGAUUCAGCCUGCCGGGGGAGGCGGCAAGCAAGCAACUAGCCCGGUAUGUGCCAGAAUCGCUCACACUCAGAGAUCUCGCGGACGCAGCGAGGGAGCCCCUGGGCAAAGCUGCUGCGGCGAAACCGGCAACUGGAAGGGAUCUAGAGAUGGUGAGGGCCGCGCUGCUAUCUGUCUUCGUCUGCCUGAAGCGUGAAGGCGGGAUCCGUGGGGCAUCUACAGACGAGGAGGACCUUGGAGCGGUUCAAGAACUCGCCAAUAACGUUGCCCAAGUCAUCGCUCCCGCCGUGUCUCAAGAUGGAAGUGCGAGCCGAGAUAACGAUAUGGCCGCUGUAUUCAACCAGGCCCCGAAACCUCGUGACAAGCUUUCCCAGCACUGCAUGUCCACCUAUACCCUCGGCAUCUCCGCCCUUGAAGCGCUCCUUACUUGGAACUACUCGGUUCCGCUGGGCGACGAAGUGCUCCUCACCCUCCUCUUCUACGCGGACGAGAAACACCAAUGGGUAAGCCCCGACGCCAGAACGAGGGCAGACAGCCUUCUCGAGCAGCACUUCAAUGCCGCCGGUCCGACCAAGGAACAGUUCAUCACCGAGACCGUCCUCCAACGCUAUCUACGCCCUCUCUUCUCCAGGUCUAAGCCAGCGUCCAUCACGGCAUCCGGCCGAAAGACUGAGUACACUGACAGCGCAGCCACCCGGGCCGAGAGCAUCCCAGACGACACGGCCUUGACGAAACCGUGGAAAUACACCGACCACCGGGCCAUUCCGGCAUUGGCAUGGGCAGUGCGGGAAGCAGACAACCCACUCAUCGCCACACACUGGCCGUUAUUCAUCCCGGUCCUGCUGACCCUGGUCGACGAUUCCGCCACGCCAGUGCGCAGCCAGGGCCUCCUCAUCCUGUCCGACUUCCUAUCCAAGUUCCCGGACAAGACGCUCCAUGAUACGGGCCUGGCCAAGGUCUUUGAGGACGCCAUCUUCCCCACCCUAGCCUUCCUCCCCAGCCUAACACCCGAGGACGAGUCCGUGCAGCUCCUCGGCCCAGCCUACCGCGCGCUGCUCGGCCUGGCAAACAAGCAGCCCCUCGUCGGCAAGGACGGCGUGCGCAGAGAACCGAAGAACAGCCUCUUGGACAAAAUGCUCCGAGAGGGUGUGUUCACGGGGUAUUUCCACGCCAAGGACCACGUCCGCAUUGUGGAGCUUCUCUGCCAGCAGAUGGCGGAGAUAUUGAAGGAGAUGGGCGUCCAUGCCGUGAAGCAUCUCAAGGAUCUAGUGCCAAUCCUCUCGUCCAUCAUAACCGACCCAUUUGCGCCGGUGGUCCCGGAAACGCUUCUCGCGGCGAUCAAAGCGCUUCAGGCGGUCCUCGCAAACUGCUGGCCCCGGAUCCCGGCGUCGCCUUGGCAAGAUGAAAUCAUCAACGCCCUCGCGCUCUGUUGGUUGCACCUGCUAGAACACGAACACUCAGCCGCAGAAGAUAAGGAGCAACCGGCGUGUUUGCAGAAAAAGGGAAAGGCGGCGUAUAGCCUGAUAGAGCAGGAGCUGGUAGCGUCGGUUAAAGCCUUAUCCACCGUGCUAAAGACAGCCGAGGGGGCGAUCGAUCUCUCGGUGCACGUCGCGCCCCUAGUGGAGAAAGAGCCUCGUCUGGGUGGGCUCUUCUCUCCCUCCAACUGA